AUGCAAUCGAGGCUCCGUGGAUUGAACAUUGAGAUCCACGACCUGCUAAUCGUCUUUAUACUUGUUGUCACUCACAUUGGCGCAUAUGCAAUCUCUCGAAUAGUCGUCCCCAAUGCUUGGCAGUUCCUGGGCAACUUCAUCCCCGGACCCCAGAUGUUUUCCCCGCGACCCAGUAUUCUAGCGUAG